CUGUUGGCCUCUCUGUGUGUCCAGCUGGAUGAUCCGUCCGUGUUCCCAGCAGUCAUUGUGGAGCAGGUGCCCGCCGCUGACCUCAUGCAGGUCUACUCGGGCAUGGAGUCGGACGAGGUGACCAACGGCAUUAUGGUGGACAACACUCUACAUGUGAUGGAGGAGCCCAUUCUGGUUGGCGACGUGGGCCUCUCAGGUGAGGGGGAGGAGGGCAUGAUACUUUACACAAGCGUGCAUGCAUGCCUAGGGGGUAGGAGCUAGGAGUUGAUUCCGGACAGUGCCUGGUAUUAACUAAAUUACCUAGAAUUCACCCUUAGAUUUGUAAUAUCCUUUCAGGUUUGUCUCUAAAGCUGUCUGUUUCUUGUUCUGAUGACAAUCCCUGUCUGAUUGGCCAGUAGAAACGACGGUGUCGGGCACAGAGGAUAACAUGGAGACCAACGAGGCUGCGGCAGCCCUUCUUAACAUGGAGUCACCAAACAACAUCCUGGAUGAGAAACGCAUGAGUACGAAUUCUGUUGUUCUGUUGUUGCUACUCUCUUGGAGGGGGUUAGGGGAAGGAGUAUUUUUGUAUAUGUUGGUACCACAUGUGUAUUAACUGAAUCCAAUUUCUACCCCAGAGCAUUUAUCUUGUCGGUUUUUAUUUUUUCUGACCUAGAAUUGAUUACGUGCUCUUUUUAAGAUUCUAUUCUGGAUUUUCAAUUUCUUUACCUUUGAUAUUGAAUACUGCAUUGUUGAAGAAGCGCUUGUAAGUUACUAUACUGUUUACACCUGUUGUACCCUGUGGAUGUGACAAAUACAUUUUGAUUUGCUUUAUCACUUUCAAAACAUAUUGUUAAAACCUGCACGUUUUUGGUGAAGGCUAUUUGUAUGCAGUUUAAUUUGUAUGCAGUUUCAUUUGUAGUAUUUCCUAACUCCUAUCAUUAUCUCUGGCUGUUGCUUUAGUUCACAGUCUCACAAUAAUAUUACGUAACUGGGAGUCAAAUUGAGUGUACUACUGUUUUCUCUGUUGUUGUAGUUCACACCUACGGGACCAUGUUGGAGUCUGACUACACCUAUAUCCACUUGAGGCCGGAGCCCAACGGCUGCAUGGAUGUAUCGCUGGAUGAUGAAACAUCCUCCAUGGACGAGAUCCCUCAGAAGAGCGUGUCCAAACCACAGAGGAAAACCAAAGGUACUGCAGGGGUUCUCCUGGAAUGUAGGGAGCAGUGUUACAACACAUUAUUUAGUCUUGCUUUUAAUCUUCUAAACUCAGCAAAAAAAAGAAACGUCCCUUUUUCAGGACCCUGUCUUUCAAAUAAAAUUUGUAAAAAUCCAAAUAACUUCACAGAUCUUCAUUGUAAAGGGUUUAAACACUGCUUCCCAUGCUUGUUCAAUGAACCAUAAACAAUUAAUGAACAUGCGCCUGUGGAACGGUCGUUAAGACACCAACAGCUUACAGACAGUAGGCAAUUAUCUCCUGAGUGGCGCAGUGGUCUAAGGCGCCGCAUCGCAGUGCUAACUGUGCCACUAGAAAUCCUGGUUCGAAUCCAGGCUCUGUCGCAGCCGGCCGCGACCGGGAGACUCAUGGGCGGCGCACAAUUGGCCCAGCGUCGUCCAGGGUAGGGGAGGGAAUGGCCGGCAGGGAUGUAGCUCAGUUGAUAGAGCAUGGCGUUUGCAACGCCAGGGUUGUGGGUUCGAUUCCCACGGGGGGCCAGUAUAUAAAAAAUAAAAACAAAACAAAAACAAAAAAAUAUAUAUAUAUAUAAUAAAUAAAAAAUAAAAAAUAUGUAUUCACUAACUGUAAGUCGCUCUGGAUAAGAGCGUCUGCUAAAUGACUAAAAUGUAAAUGUAAUUAAGGUCAUACUAAAGAGGCCUUUCUACUGACUCUGAAAAACACCAAAAGAAAGAUGCCCAGGGUCCCUGCUCAUCUGCGUGAACAUGCAAGGAGGUAUGAGGACUGCAGAUAUGGCCAGGGCAAUAAAUUGCAAUGUCCGUACUGUGAGACGCCUAAGACAGCGCUACAGGGAGACAGGACGGACAGCUGAUCGUCCUCGCAGUGGCAGACCACGUGUAACAACACCUGCACAGGAUCGGUACAUCCGAACAUUACACCUGCUGGACAGGUACAGGAUGGCAACAACAACUGCCCGAGUUACACCAGGAACGCACAAUCACUCCAUCAGUGCUCAGACUGUCCGCAAUAGGCUGAGAGAGGCUGGACUGAGGCAGGUCCUCACCAGACAUCACCAACAACAAUGUCGCCUAUGGACACAAACCCACCGUCGCUGGACCAGACAGGACUGGCAAAAAGUGCUCUUCACUGACGAGUUGCGGUUUUGUCUCACCAGGGGUGAUGGUCAGAUUCGCGUUUAUCGUCGAAGGAAUGAGCGUUAUACCGAGGCUUGUACUCUGGAGCGGGAUCGAUUUGGAGGUGGAGGGUCCGUCAUGGUCUGGGGCAGUGUGUCACAGCAUCAUCGGACUGAGCUUUUUGUCAUUGCAGGCAAUCUCAACGCUGUGCGUUACAGGGAAGACAUCCUCCUCCCUCAUGUGGUACCCUUCCUGCAGGCUCAUCCUGACAUGACCCUCCAGCAUGACAAUGCCACCAGCCAUACUGCUCGUUCUGUGCGUGAUUUCCUGCAAGACAGGAAUGUCAGUGUUCUGCCAUGGCCAGCGAAGAGCCCGGAUCUCAAUCCCAUUGAGCACGUCUGGGACCUGUUGGAUCGGAGGGUGAGGGCUAGGGCCAUUCCCCCCAGAAAUGUCCGGGAACUUGCAGGUGCCUUGGUGGAAGAGUGGGGUAACAUCUCACAGCAAGAACUGGCAAAUCUGGUGCAGUCCAUGAGGAGGAGAUGCACUGCAGUACUUAAUGCAGCUGGUGGCCACACCAGAUACUGACUGUUACACAUUAUUCCAUUUCUGUUAGUCACAUGUCUGUGGAACUUGUUCAGUUUAUGUCUCAGUUGUUGAAUCUUGUUAUGUUCAUACAAAUAUUUUAACAUGUUAAGUUUGCUGAAAAUAAAUGCAGUUGACAGUGAGAGGACGUUUAUUUCUUUGCUGAGUUUAUAUGAAGAUAUUCCACUUACUCUCAUGUUUAGAAAAUAUAUGCUUUUAAGAGUUACACAGGAGUACCUUGGAAAAUAUAUUUGCUUAUAGCCUUAUUAACCAUAGCUUAUAGCCUUAUUAACCAUAGCUUAUAGCCUUAUUAACCAUAGCUUACAGCCUUAUUAACCAUAGCUUAUAGCCUUAUUAACCAUAGCUUAUAGCCUUAUUAACCAUAGCUUACAGCCUUAUUAACCAUAGCUUAUAUCCUUAUUAGCCAUAGCUUAUAUCCUUAUUAACUAUAGCUUAUAGCCUUAUUAACCAUAGCUUACAGCCUUAUUAACCAUAGCGUAUAGCCUUAUUAUUAGCAAAUUGUUCAGUGCUGACCAUUUUUUAAAUUUAGUCAUUAACAGGGAUGUGCUUAAUUGGGUGUCACAGUGUUGACCUUUACCAUUUUCCUUGGUCCUGUCUUAGUGCGCAAGCCUCGGCCGGUACGUCCCUGCUCCCCCAUUACCACUCCCAGCCUGCCACUCAAGAAGAAGAGCAAGGAGGGCAAAGGUGAGCGUUCUUCUCAACCAGCUCACCUCUCAAAAAACAGCCAAUCAAAAUCAAGGUCUCUCCUGGGCCAUUCUCAACCAGCUUGCUUCUUGAAAAAACAGCCAAUCAAUAUCAAGGUCUCUCCUGGGCCCUUCUCAAUCAGCUAGCUUCUUGAAAAAACAGCCAAUUGAAAUCAAGGUCUCUCCUGGCCCUUUCUCAACUAGCUUGCUUCUUGAAAAAACAGCCAAUCGAAAUCAAGGUCUCUCCUGGGCCCUUCUCAACCAGCUUGCUUCUUUAAAAAACUGCCAAUCAAAAUCAAGGUCUCUUCUGGGCCCUUCUCAAUCAGCUUGCGUCUUGAAAAAACAGCCAAUCGAAAUCAAGGUCUCGCCUGGCCCUUUCUCAACCAGCUUGCUUCUUGAAAAAACAGCCAAUCGAAAUGAAGGUCUCUCCUGGGCCCUUCUGUAAGCUACUGUGCAUGUUUCUGCUUGUAGAGUGGUGCAAUCAGCAACCAGCAGCCCCUGUAGUCCAGUUGGGUUGGACCUCAGCUUGCUAAUUGACGAGCUGCUCUCAACGUGCUGUGUUUCACAGGGAAACAAGUGAUUGCACGCUGGAGGGUACAUUGAUGAACUACUGAUAAAACCCCUUUCCCCUCUCCUUGUGUGUGUCCCCUUGCACGACACAUAGAGGGGAUAGGGAGACGGGGUUGGUUCAGCCGCACACAUAUACAUUACGCUGUCACGGUGGCUGCUGGAGGGGUUGCUGUUUUUAACUACUUCUGGCCCUAACCGUUUCACAAACAAGAGUCAUCUACUGCCAGAGUCCCAUCCAAUGUAUUUAUUUUCCAAGCCUAGGUACACACACACAACAGACGAGAACAGCAAAUUGAUUGAUUUAGGUUAUGAGGAGGGAAUACUGCGAUUGCGUCUCUGCCUAUUUCCAUUUGUUAAGUAAAACCUGCAAUGCUGAAUGAGUUAUGGACAGGUGUAGCAGAACUACAAGCUCAUGUACUGUAUUAGACUCAUAUGUACUGUAUUAGACUGACAUGUACUGUAUUAGACUCAAAUUUACUGUAUUAGAACUGUGUUAAAACUGUGAAUUCCUCCUUUCUCCCCCCUAUGUAGGGAACACAAUCUACCUAUGGGAGUUCCUCCUGGCCCUAUUGCAGGACAAGAACACCUGUCCCAAGUACAUCAAGUGGACGCAGAGGGAGAAGGGCAUCUUUAAGCUGGUGGACUCCAAGGCUGUUUCAAAACUGUGGGGCAAACACAAGAACAAACCUGACAUGAACUAUGAAACCAUGGGCAGGGCACUCAGGUGAGAGGAACGUUACUACACACAUGGUGUUGGCCUACAUCACAGACAUACAUAAUUUGGCCUGCACACUUAAGAAGGCUAUCACACUAAAAUGUCUGUGCCCCUGUUGCAGUAAAUAGUUAAAUGUCUGUGCCCCCAUCGUAGUAAAUAGUUAAAUGUCUGUGCCCCUGUUGCAGUAAAUAGUUAAAUGUCUGUGCCCCUGUUGCAGUAAAUAGUUAAAUGUCUGUGGCCCUGUUGCAGUAAAUAGUUAAAUGUCUGUGCCCCUGUAGCAGUAAAUAGUUAAAUGUCUGUGGCCCUGUUGCAGUAAAUAGUUAAAUGUCUGUGGCCCUGUUGCAGUAAAUAGCUAAAUGUGUGUUCUCCUGUUGCAGUAAAUAGUUAAAUGUCUGUGCCCCUGUUGCAUAAAAUAUUUAAAUGUCUGUGCCCCUGUUUCAGUAAAUAAUAAAUGUAUGUGCUCCUGUUGCAGUAAAUAGUGAAAUGUCUGUGGCCCUGUUGCAGUAAAUAGUGAAAUGUCUGUGGCCCUGUUGCAGUAAAUAGUGAAAUGUCUGUGGCCCUGUUGCAGUAAAUAGUUAAAUGUCUGUGGCCCUGUUGCAGUAAAUAGUUAAAUGUCUGUGGCCCUGUUGCAGUAAAUAGUUAAAUGUCUGUGGCCCUGUUGCAGUAAAUAGUUAAAUGGAAAAUGGAGUAGGUGCUUCUAGAUAACAUAGCCAACAAACUGCAGUAUGUUGUGUUGUACCGACAUAAUACAAUCUUAUCUCACCUCCAUCCCCUUCUCCUCUUGAAGGCAGUAUUAUAACAUAAAUGUCUGUUAUGAAACAUAACUGAGAAAAAUGUUGAAUACAGUGAGCAAGGCACUCGGACCCCAGACAUCCUUUGUACCAGGAGUUUAAGUCACGUCUCUCAGGUCAAGGACCAAAGCAUAAAAUAAGUAUUCAGUGGCACCUUAUUCAAGGUGGACCUUAUUCAAGCCACGGCCAUGAUCAUUCAAAAUGCGGGCUAACAGGGUAGAAAGGAAAGUUAUCCUUUGAAGUCAAUGGUGAAAAGUGCUGUAACUUUCCUGAAGUCUCUUUCUGUUUGUAAUGUUACUUCAUGUUUAUUCAAUGCCACAAACAUCUUACGUUACCUGUCCCUUCUGUCCCUCCCUAAGGUAUUACUACCAGCGUGGUAUCCUGGCUAAGGUGGAGGGUCAGCGGCUGGUCUACCAGUUUAAAGACAUGCCUCCUGACCUAGUGGUGAUUGACGACGAGGACCCAUGCCCCGACCUCACCCCUGGCUACGGGGGCCAGCGCCCCAGCCACCACGGCCGGGGAGGCUCCAGAGGGGGGCACGGUAAAAACCAUGCCCAUGUGCACCGUCCUAUAUCGGUAAAACAAGUGAAGAGAGAGCCCAUUGAUUUUGAUGGGCUGUACCAUGAGGUCAAUGGGAAACAGGCAGAACACAUGAUCCAGACGGUCCACGUGCUGCAGCCCAACCAGGGGGCGGCUGUGCCGGCAUCCACACACACUGUGAGGUGAGAGAUGGAUGGCAACCCGGCAUAUGUACACACACACACAUGCGUACAUGCACAUGCAUAUCCAUACACACACACACACACACAGUCUUGUACAGCUAACCUUGUGGGGACACACAAUUCAGUCCCAUUCAAAAUCCUCUUUUCCCUAACCCCUAACCCUAAACCUAACCUGUACUUUUACCCUAACCCUAACCUUAACCCAAAGACCUAACCUUAACCCUAACCAUAAACCUAACCCUAGCUCCCAACUCUAAAACUAACCCUAACCCUAACCCUUAACAUAAUUGUAACCCUAACACUAAUUCUAACCUUAACCCUAAACCUCCUAGAAAUAGCAUUUGACCUUGUGGGGACAACAAAAUGUCCCCAGUUGGUCCAAUUGUUGUUUGUUUACUAUUCUUGUGGGGACUUCUGGUCCGCACAAGAAUAGUUCAACACGUCCACACACACACACACACACACACACACACAGAUUUUGAAUGCUCAUAUAGAAGGCCAGUAUGUAACAUAAAGCUACUUGUAGCAUAAAGCUAAAGAUAUGUUUUAUAUUUGAGAUUCUUCAAAUAGUGUGACCCAGGUGCGGUGCAGGAUAUACAGUAGGCAGUAAGCAGAGAUGGUAAAACAAGGAUCUUUACUGGUGGUCCCGAAGCCAGAAUACAAAAUAACGGACUUAUCACGAUAAAAGAAAGGCGGAGCAAAUCAGUCUCCAAAAACCGGCUGACAGCCAAAAUACGAAAUACUACUUAAGACUGAAACAAAUAACGAAACAGGGAGAACACUUCUCAAGUACCUGUACAUAGAUCUACAAUCAGACACUGAGUAGUACUGCUGGACAUAGAGAAACUAGCAGAGAAAACUGAGCAAGGGAACACAGGGAAGUGAGGGCAUAAAUACACAACUGAACAGGUAGACACAGGUGACACCAAUAGGAUAAUGAUUAGUCCAGACUGUGAGUGAGGAGGUGCCUAAGGUUGUCGGAGGAGGACACCUAGUGGGUCGCUCCGGAACUGCGAACCCCCCUGUAACAGCCACCCUUUGCCUUGAUGACAGCUUUGCACACUCUUGGCACUCUCUCAACCAGCUUCAUGAGGUAGUCACUUGGAAUGCAUUUCAAUUAACAUGUGUGCCUUCUUAAAAGUUAAUUUGUGGAAUUUCUUUCCUUCUUAAUGCGUUUGAGCCAAUAGGUUGUGUUGUGGCAGGGUAUGGGGGGGUAUACAGAAGAUAUCCCUAUUUGGUAAAAUACCAAGUCCAUAUUAUGGCAAGAACAGCUCAAAUAAGCAAAGAGAAACGACAGUCCAUCAUUACUUUAAGACAUGAAGGUCAGUCAAUCCGGGAAAUUUCAAGAACUUUGAAAGUUUCUUCAAGUGCAGUCACAAAAACCAUCAAAAGCUAUGAUGAAACUGGCUCUCAUGAGGACCACCACAGGAAUGGAAGACCCAGAGUUACCUCUGCUGCAGAGGAUAAGUUCAUUAGAGUUACCAGCCUCAGAAAUUGCAGCCCAAAUAUAGUGAGGGAAAAAAGUAUUUGAUCCCCUGCUGAUUUUGUACGUUUGCCCACUGACAAAGAAAUGAUCAGUCUAUAAUUUUAAUGGUAGGUUUAUUUGAACAGUGAGAGACAGAAUAACAAAAAAAUCCAGAAAAACGCAUGUCAAAAAUGUUAUAAAUUGAUUUGCAUUUUUAUGAGGGAAAUAAGUAUUUGACCCCCUCUCAAUCAGAAAGAUUUCUGGCUUCCAGGUGUCUUUUAUACAGGUAACGAGCUGAGAUUAGGAGCACACUCUUAAAGGGAGUGCUCCUAAUCUCAGCGUGUUACCUGUAUAAAAGACACCUGUCCACAGAAGCAAUCAAUCAGAUUCCAAACUCUCCACCAUGGCCAAGACCAAAGAGCUCUCCAAGGAUGUCAGGGACAAGAUUGUAGACCUACACAAGGCUGGAAUGGGCUACAAGACCAUCGCCAAGCAGCUUGGUGAGAAGGUGACAACAGUUGGUGCGAUUAUUCGUAAAUGGAAGAAACACAAAAGAACUGUCAAACUCCCUCGGCCUGGGGCUCCAUGCAAUAUCUCACCUCGUGGAGUUGCAAUGAUCAUGAGAACGGUGAGGAAUCAGCCCAGAACUACACGGGAGGAUAUUGUCAAUGAUCUCAAGGCAGCUGGGACCAUAGUCACCAAGAAAACAAUUGGUAACACACUACGCCGUGAAGGACUGAGAUCCUGCAGCGCCCGCAAGGUCCCCCUGCUCAAGAAAGCACAUAUACAUGCCCGUCUGAAGUUUGCCAAUGAACAUCUGAAUGAUUCAGAGGAGAACUGGGUGAAAGUGUUGUGGUCAGAUGAGACCAAAAUCGAGCUCUUUGGCAUCAACUCAACUCGCCGUGUUUGGAGGAGGAGGAAUGCUGCCUAUGACCCCAAGAACACCAUCCCCACCGUCAAACAUGGAGUCUGAACCUGACUGUAAAGCACUUUGUGUCAACUGCUGAAAUAGAAAGGGUUUUAUAAAAUACAUUUGAUUGAUUGAUUGAUCUGAUCUCCUCUCUCUCCUCAGGACCAUCAACAUGCCUACCUCCGUCCCCAUGGUCCUGACGUCUUCCGGCCAGCUGCAGCCCCUCCUGUCUAACGGUGACUCCUCCCAGCCCAGGGUCAUCCUCCACACCGUCCCCUCUACCACGGCGGGGGGCAAGGACAUCCUCACCAUCCAGACGGCCUCCCUGGCCACCGGGACGGGUAGCCUCCAGGACCACCACCAUCAGCACCCCCAGUUCCUUGUCACCAGCCUUGGCUCCACCACCACCACCACGGGGGUCAUCAGCUCCACCACGGCCUCCCACAACGUCCUUCCCCGCCUGGUCACCCUCAACGCGGCCACCGGUCAGCCCAUGGUGGCCCAGCAGCCGGGUACCGUCAUUGCUACGGUCCUCAAGUCCUCCAGUGGUGGCGAGCUCCUCCACGGCCUGCACGGCAUCAAGGAGGAGAUGCUGGACCCCUACUACCUGCAGUCAUUGGUUAAUGGAGACCCGUCGUUUGGGAAGGAGGAGAUGGAGGCAGGGGAAGCAGAGCUCACCUACAGGACUGUGAUCAUCGGGAUGAACCAGAGCCUUGGACCGAGCCAGGGGGAGACUGGAAGUGAGUCCCCAGUGAACGGACACUUUGCCCAGGGAAGCAGCCCCAGUGAGGGCCUGACCCCCGUGGAGGAGCUAGAGGUGCGCGGGGAGAUGGCCCUGCAACCGGAUCACAUGGUGAGGGUCAGGGGGCUCCAGGAGCUGCCAGAGAUCACCGUCCACCUCCCGGCCUCCUUCAUCCAGAUCAAGACAGAACCCACAGAGGGCUAGUAGACCACAGGCUGACCUUUAUUGUCAUGAGUCUUGUCCUGGAGGCAGAACUGAGUGAUUUCCACUAGAUGGGCCAGCUACAAAGUCAAAAUAGGCUAUAUCUUAAAAAAUAAUGAAGACCAAAAUGAGCUUUUUGGUCUUAAUUUAGGGUUAGCCAAUACGGUUAGCAGUGUGGUUAAGGUUUUUUAUUUUACCUUUAUUUAAACAGGGAGUCACCAUUGAGACCAGGGUCUCUUUCAAGGGAGCCCUGCACAUACAAUUCAUAAGACACAAUCUAAUCAAAAUCAGAUACAAUGUAGAAAAAACAAAAAUACAGCACAACACAAAUAUUCAAGAAAAACUGUUACAAUGAGGUGCUUUAAAACUAAAAGCAGAUUUACCUAGUUCGGUGGAGACCACAAGGAACCUCAAGAGUUUGGUAUCUCAUGUUUUUAUUCUUUAACAACGUAGUUCGGUAAGUCGGAAGCUUGUGUACUAGAGAUUUGUAAACAAGAAGGGAGUAAUGAAGUGAUCUACGGGACGUUAAUAAGGACCAGCCAAGCUUUUGAUACAGGAUGCAGUGAUGAGUAAUCAAAUUGUCACCUGUGAUAAAACGAAGGGCGCUAUGCGAGAUGGCAUUUACAGGUUUAAGAGUAGUGGCUGCUGCAAUCUGGUAAAUGGUGUCACCAUAGUCAAUAACUGGCAGGAAAGUUUACUGUACAAUCUUUUUUCCUGCUAUUUAGGGAGAGGCAAUAUCUAUUUCUAAAAAAGAAGCCCACUUUAAAUCUUAGCUUUUAAACUAUCUCAUCUGUAUUUUUUUGUCAAUCCAAAUGCCCAGAUAUUUAUAGUCGGGAACCCCAUCAAUGGGAGAACCAUUCAAUGAAUAACUAUGUAGUCCGUCUGGUUAAGGUUAGGAUUAAAAUCUGAUUUUAUGACUUUGUGGCUGUUCUAGCUAGUGCCCACUCUGCAGAGCUGCCUCCAGGGCAAGAUUCAUGACAAUAAAUGCCAAGCUGCUAGUAGGCCUGGACUCCAUCAAAGCUGGACUAUGGAAUCAACAUAAAGAAAGACUACUUAAAGGGCAAUUCCACCACUUUUCAACCUCAUUUUCAUUGUCUCCAGCACAAUACCAUUGUAUACAUAUGUGAAAAUGGCGCAUUUCUACGUUUUGUAGAAACAAAUAUAAAGUUAAAAAGUUCUACCCGACAUCAUCAAAAGUUAACACAUUUGAAAAACAGUGAUUUUCAAACACUAUGAGAUUAAUUGUUUUUUUCUUUUAAUCUGUGAUGUCACAGAGAAGCAUUUUUUAGGACCUUUCUUCUUAUCUUUUUAACCACAGAUCAUAGAAACACGCUGUUUUCACAUAUGUAGAUACUGGUUUGGUGCUGGAGAUAAUGAAUAUGAGGUUGAAAAGUGGCGGAAUUGCUCUUUAACAAAGUUUCCUUGUUCUUAUCCCAAUGAUAAUCUUAUUUUGAAAAGCGAUGGAUUUUGAAAUGUGGAGCGACAAACGGAGGCCAAACGUUGGGCCCUGCAGGAUGUUUUUGCUUACUCACUGAUGUUGUGAUCAUGUGCCCAAAUUUCUACAUCAAGGGAUUGUUUUGUGAUGUGUUGAGGGCCUAUCGAACUAUCUACCUACCUACCUUGCUACUGUCAGUAGUCCCGCCCCCUUCCCAAACCUGUCCCUACCAGGAGAACAGCCAUUGGAUAA